CUUUUACGAAGUACUCAUCGAAAAUAACAAAACCGCACCUGGCCUUGCCGGUGACAGAGGUGCCAAGCCAACGUUUUUUUCAAAAAAAUUUUUUAUUUAUUUUUCACGAGGUUUAUUCAAAAAAUUUUAAUUUUACCAUAAAUUUAAUAAAAAUUGUCGUUUUAAAUACAUAAUUUACAAUUAAUCUGCAUUAGAAGGCGAUAUUUAAGCAAUAUACGUUGUAGCUGUCCUAAAAUCGGAUUCUUGAACGAGUAUUACACAUCACUGAGUAAUUAUUAGAGAAACGGAAUGACCAGUGAACCGGUUCAGUGAUUACUCCAGAGCCGAACGAUAUAGCUACAGCAGGUGUAAAUCAGCCCGCCAAAAUCUUCUCAGAUACCGGUUGUCUGGACUUUAUCGAACACUAUGAAACCCAAACGUAAAACAGAUUUAUAUACGUCCAAACCAAAGGCUACUCAGAGACGUAACAGUUUACUACGUUCAAAAGAUGAACUUCGACGUAGAAGUGUACGGAUAGUUUUGUCACCUUUGCCUAAUUUGUCACCCUUCAAAUCUAUCAGAAAAUCUAUAACGAAUUUCUCGCCGAGAAGAAGCGUUUUGUUGAUAGAUCGACGUAGUUUAAUUGAUGAAAGCUCGAAAUCCGACCAAACGAAGGAACAAAAUGAGGAAAUACGUAUUCAAGUUGUUACUCCUAGAUUAAAAAAACGCAGGAGUUCUAAACGUAAAAAUGAAGCUGAGAAAUUACAAGAAGAAUCAUCGAAAACAUGUUCGAACGAAGGGAAUAUCUUCAAUACUCGACGAGCCUUACGUUCGAGAUUAAUUUUGACUCCGAAAUCACCUCUAGUCCGAGUAAAGCGAUCUGCUCAACAAAUGAAAUCUCGAAAGAUCAGUUUAACUUCAUUAAAUAAAUUCCUGAGUCGCGACGUUGUAAUCGAGCUUGAAAGAGCAGCACCUCGUAGCGAAGAAUCGCCGGAAAAAAGUCCACCGGAGGCUGAAGUACCAGAACCUACCGUUCCUGUCGAUAAAAACGAAGUUGAUUCUCUUCAGAAGCAAAUUUUGCCAAAACGCGACGUCAGAAUCAUUUUAGAAAAGUUACCACCGACGAUUACAUCUUCUAAAGAAGUUGAAACCGAAGAAGAUGUUUCUAGCCCGUCAUCGUCUCCUUCGAAAAGAACCGCUUCGUGUUUAGAACCACCUAAAAGAGAAACCAGUAAGGUCUUCAAGAGCUCUGAACACGCACCUCUUCGAGAAAUUCGAAUUAUGCUGGAUAAGUUACCGGAUACCGUAUUCACUUCGGCGAUCGAAACUCCUCGUUUGAAUGAAACCGAUACCAGACCUAUUGAUAUGGAAGAAGUUGACGAAGGAGUCAAAGUUUUAUCGCCUGAAAUUGUCAAAGAUCUUGCCCAUGAUGUGGAUGAUCAUAGCGAAAUACCAACUCCUACGACUGAGAUUGCUCCCGAACAGUUAUUCAGCCCAGUUACUCCGAUUGUUGUUUCGGAGUCUCAGCCUUCUCCAGUCAGUACUCCUGCCUCAGGUGCAGUUGAUAAUAUCGAGACUGGUGGUAAAAAGACGCCCAAAUCAUUAGAUAUACCUCUUCGUCGAGUGACAAUCGUGAAAUCCAAGUUUGCCAAGUUGAAUCGAGCUUUGGAUAGUUCUCCUGAUGUAACUCCGGUUAAAGUUCGUCCAACUUCUACGUAUUUGUUUUCUCCCUCCGUCAAAUCAAAAUCUGCUAAAAGUAACGAAGCUACGACCCAGGCAUCGGACAAUACCUCGUCUUUGGAACCUUCGAUUGUGGAUGUUGUAUCAGCGUCGUCGAGUUCAACGGUUGAAAAUGAGGCUUCGGUUUCAGAAAGCUCUCAAUCAGCUGUGCCUCCUCCAAGCUGUAAAAUAUCGUCUGCAACGCUUGAAUCGAAAUCGCGUACUGACGCAGCUAAUAUUUCGCAUCGAAACGAACCUAUCAAGUUGAAGUUGAAAUUCUCCAAAACGAAGCAAAUGUACGUUCCAAUGUCUACAGUUUCAUCUGAACUGAGCUCCGGUACGAGUAAAUUAUCAAAAUCGCAGAAUAAAGCUGAAUCAGUGGCGGUGAAAAAAAUACCAAAGACGUCUGCCGCUUCGACGCUCAAGAAACCCGAAUCCGAGCAACCAUCGGUCGAAUCGCCACCAUGUUCUCAAGCUAUUCCACUCUGUACGGAAAUCAGUUCUCCUUUGAGUCGAGGCCAACUUCUAACCGCGAAAUCAUUAGCAUCUAGUCCAAACCCAACGAGAAUGAUUUUGGCGAAAUCUCCGUCACAUUUGACUCAAUCAGCGAAGUCUAACGUUAGUAAAAACACCGGCGCAAAAACUCCUUCGAAAUCGCCACUAAACAGAGGGCGUAUGCUGACUGAGCAGUCUCUGGCUGCGAGUCCAAAACACGCAGCUUCUGGGUCAGCUGGUUCGAUUCUGCAACGUAGCCAUUCCAACAUGUCCUCCGGUUCGAAAGCGAUGCAAAAUGUGACGUAUAGGCAAAAAUGGGCUUCCGCCGGUGACCUAUUGAGAGCGUCGUCGAAAGAAAGAGAUGGUAAAAUGAAUACCAAAAGUGAUACAGAUUUGUCAACUGUGAUUACUCCUCUUGAUCCACUUCCAACGACGGGAGUAUUUUCCAAUGCUAGAACAUGCGCUUCUAUUUUAUCCACCCUCAAAAGCGCAGACAGGAAUAAAUCUAAAUCAGCUCCGGAAAAAUUACCUCAACGAUCAACCGCCGAAGUAACCAGACCCUCGUAUUUGUCGCCGAAAACUCCAACAGCCGAGUCUGGUUCUCGUUCGCAGCCAGAUUUAUCGGAAAAAUUAUCCAAAGUGCAGAUCGAUUCGACAAAAACUGGCUCGGAAUCAUCUCAACCACCAAAGACGACAUUUCACAUACCGAAGGUUAAACCUGGCGAUUCGUUUAAUUUCAAGAAACCAAUCACACCUCCACCUUCAUCAUCCCUUCCGAAGUCUGGUUUUACUCCAUCGCCGCCAACCAAAGCAUCACUGGUGGGAGCAGUUUUGGGCACACCUACGUUUGUUUCAAGUUCAAACACUGCACCGCGCUAUGCUCGACAAUUACCUACUAAAUUUCCGAGAACCGGUAAUUCGAAUACUUUUUCGGCGAAAUCUAACAUGUUCCGUUCUGUAUCGUCUUCAGCAAGACCUCAUUAUGUUCCCGGGUCACAAGCAUCUUCAGCAAAGCCUCCUCAAGCUUCUUAUUAUCAUUCGUCUGCGAUUAAGCCACCUUAUACUGCUCAGUCCCUUCCUGCGAAACCAACACACCCUUCGAGUUUUUAUUCUGCCCCAAACGUAGGCACAUUGACGAAAUUUAACGAUCCUCGUCUACAUUCUGCGAGCGUAUCCACAUCUGCGAGAUCCAACGAUCCUCGUCUGCAUUCUGCGAACGUAUCCGCAUCUGCGAAAUCCAACGAUCCUCGUCUACAAGCUGCGAAUGUACCUGCAACAUCGACCAAAUCCAACGAUCCUCGUUUACAAGCUCCUAACGUAUCUACAACAUCGACCAAACCCAGCGAUCUUCGUUCGCAAGCUGUAAACGUAUCCGCAACAUCGACGAAACUCGACGACCUCCAUUUACACGACGCAGACGUGCCCUCAUCGCCACAACCGAGCGACCCUCGUUUACACCUAUCGACUGCAGCUAAAUCUCAUUCUUCCAAUAUCGAACUAUCGAUCAUCAAACCUUACUCUUCAACUUCCGAUCCACCAUUAUCAACCAAAUCCACCUCCAUUCCACCUUAUCAACCACCCCCCAGCAAAUCUAAAACACCCAUUACAACGCCUGCUGCUCCUAAAUCACAUCUACCUUUUAAACCUCCUAUUACAACACCUGCUGCUCCUAAAUCACACCUACCUUUUAAACCUAUCACUGAUUAUAAACCUGCAUCUGUCAAGACUCCGUCCACUAAUAAAUCUAAACCUCGUACCUUUAAAACCGCUUACAUGUCGUCGAGAUCAUCGAACAACGACAGUUUCUCGAAAUGUUUACCAUCCGGACCUCAAUACUCGCCCUCUUAUUCGAAAUACUUGCAGAAUGGAUUCUCUUAUAUACCCAAAGCUCAGUAUAAGGUGCCGGAAGCGCCGAAACCGGCUGCACCGAAACAAAAACCGCCCAGCCCGGGAACCAACGAAAUACUCCGAUGGUCGACUUCGAGACCGUGGAACGUGAAUAAACCUACAGCUUCUCCUCCGGUCGGUCCUUCUGGCUCGCUGACAGCUUCUGUUCUCUCGUCUAAUCCGGCUUACUCGCCUUUAUGUCCUCAGUUCGAUAGUCAGGGAACGACUUAAGUAUUGGUAUUUUGAGAUUGCCAAAGUAAUCGAAUACGAAAAUUUAACGAAUUAUUUUAUCAUUAUUGUAAUAUUUAUAAAAACGAAAUCUAUUAUACUCCUUGAUGAAUAUGUUACGUAUACGGACGAUAUUGUCGUAUUAUGUUUGUGAUUUUAUUGUUGUCGUUAUUUUAUUAUAUUUUUUAUUUUAAGUUAUUUAUCGUAGUUGUAAUCGUAGGUAUUUAAAGCACCGAAUAAAUAGUUUUAUCUGGGGAUUA